AUGUCUCUUAGUCAUGUCGUUCUCUCUUGUAAGGCAAAUUGGAGUCAUCUCCGCUCCAUGUGCAUCCUCUCUGCUCGGAUAGCGCAUUCAAGAGCCGUCUCCGUCACGAUACUGGUCGCUAGUUCGGGUAAUGUUGUCGAUAGGGUAACCCAAGAAGUUUCGAGAUGUACGGACAUUGAGCAACUCGAUGAUUUCAGCAAAGUAAGGAUCGUCGGUUUGCCAUCGGAUGGUAGAGACGGUAGAUCUCUGGACGAUGAGUUCAAGCUGGUCUGGAAGGCUUUGAUGGACGACAAACCUGUGCAAUGCUGCUAUACGUCGGAAGAAGUUGAGGCAGUCCCUAGACCUUCGGUGGUCGUACUUGAUUUAUCAUGGCUUGAGAUCAUCAAAUCUGAACAAUCAUCUCCACCCGUCUUUCAAUGGAUGAUGGCAUUUUCAGGAGGCUUCAUGCACAUGUGCGGGCCGGCACAGUUCGGGGGAAGAAGUGGAAAGCCUAUGAGCCAGGAAUCACAUGACUGUGAGGACCGCGUCGAUAUUCCAGGCAUGCCUUCAAUGACGUGUCGCGAUCUGAACCCUCAAGAUGUGGGUGACAAAGCGAGCAAGAUCCACGCUGCGGAGGCCACAAUGACGAGAUUUGCGGAACGAGCUGACGGGCUCUUGACAGCAUGCGCUCCAGAAUACGAUAGUGCGGAAUGUCUCGAUGCUAUAUCACAAUGGAUAGGAAGUCACAACGACAGGAAGACCUUCCAUCUUGGCCCUAUGCUGCCGCUCAUUCGAGGCACUCGUACCUUUUCUAGCAAAGCUAUCGAGAUCGAAAUUAACACAUGCCCGGAAGGCUUGGGUACCGCCGUCACCCAUUUUCUGGACGAAUGUCUCAUUACAAACGGAAACCGGAGUGUGAUUUACAUCAGCUUUGGUACUGAGCAUUGCCCGCAAUCAUCCUUUCGUUCUUCCAAGAUACUCGCGCACGCUUACCCUAAUGCCCACACGAUCUCUAGACUGAAGAGCAAAUACCUUGGCAGCUGCAAAGCGAUCAUAUCGCCAUUCGUGCCGCAGCAAGCGAUUCUGACUCACGAGGCUUGUGGAUGGUUCAUAACGCACGGAGGCGCAAACGGGGUCAUGGAGGCACUCACUCAAGGAGUUCCAAUGAUCGGCUGGCCCUUCGCCAUCGACCAGCCCCUCAAUAUCGCAUACAUGGCACGUACCCUAGACGCAGGUUUUGAGUUUACCAAGAUGCGCGUAGAUCACUGCCCUCUAAACAUUGAGAACGCGAACAAUACACCAUGUGACAUGGGCGAUUGGGACGGCGAAGUUCGAGGUGUCCUUAACAUGGCGUUCAUGGAGACUGGGCGAAGGAAGCGUGAGAAUGCUGUAAGGAUUGGAGAGAAUCUCGGACAAGCGUGGGCGGAGAAGGAUGGGAGGGCCAGGUUACGGCUUGCUGAGUUCUUGGAUUUGGUGAACGUGUCAGGAUAG